UACAUUAACCUAAAGCACUGUCAUUGAGAAACAUGGCCGCCUCCAGUGGUGCUGCAAACGUUGCUGCCUCCGACUCACAAGGUCCAACUUCGGCUGGUCCGGGUCCGGAUAGCCCACCGAUUCAGUACAGUAUGAUCCUGGACCAUCUUAUCGGGGACAAGAGGCCCGUAAAGGACCUGAACCCUGCCGUAAUGGGAGGGCUGCCGGUGCCUCCUAAAAGCGACGAGCAGAAGAUGAUCGAGAGGGGAAUGGAGAGCUGCGCCUUCAAGUCUGUUCUGGCCUGUGUGGGAGGGUUUGUUCUCGGAGGAGCUUUUGGUGUUUUCACGGCUGGCAUCGAUACCAAUGUUGGCUUCGACCCCAAAGACCCCCUGAGAACCCCAACAGCACGAGAAGUCCUCAAAGACAUGGGCCAGAGGGGGAUGUCUUACGCCAAGAACUUUGCCAUUGUGGGCGCCAUGUUCUCCUGUACAGAGUGCAUCAUAGAAUCACACAGAGGCGUAUCUGACUGGAAGAACGCCGUGUACAGCGGUUGUGUAACUGGAGGAGCAAUUGGAUUUCGUGCUGGUCUGAAGGCCGGGAUCCUGGGAUGUGGAGGCUUUGCUGCGUUCUCUGCUGCCAUUGAAUAUUAUUUGCGGUGAGCCGCUAAAAGAGCGACUCUGUGGACAAGAGGUUAAUCAGUGCCCAUCUUGAUGAGCCUGUGAGGACUCACACUGUGAGAAAUACAAGGUUGUGAAUAUUUACCUGCUCAUGGAGGAUUGCUGCCAAAGCAGAACGGAUGUAUUUCUGGUGGAAGUGGCAGGUUCAUGUUUGUGACAGUGAUGCCACAGUGAACUGAAAAGACCUGUCUGUAUUUUCUUCCUAUGUCUCAUUACUUUUAUGUCAUGGACAGUUUGAGCAAAGCAAACCAACUCUACUUGGAGAAUCAAGAUAAUAAAAUAUGAACAGAAUCAAGAACCUCAGCAGAGUGGGUCUGCUUCUGUCUCAGAGGUGUAAUGAUGAGAUGAAAAUGCUGAACACAAAUCACGUUCUCUCUGAGUCACAACCACCUUGAAUCAGACUCAGAUAAACACCGUUCUUGUUGUAGAACAUUGGUUUGAUGUGUCGCUAACUAAUCCACAUCAGGAUUAUUUAUAUUAAAGAUGUUUUUUUGUUAAA